ACCGACCUUAACUGCAAUUUCCUACUCCCAAAGGCCCAUUAGACAAAUCAUAAAAUGACACAUGACAUUUCCAGAUCUAAAUUACAUAAAAAUUAGGAUUUAAAAAGUCUAGAGGACACGUGUCGAACACCCAACAAGCUCCAAACUUGCUCCUAGAUCUUGAGAGGUUCAUGCCUAUAGAUACCAGCACCAAACCUUCAAUUUCUCAACCAAUUCUUUGCAAUUCACUUUCAAUCACAGACUUAAAUCUCACCGAUGGAACCAACUUCUCUUUUCUCCUCCUCAGGGCUUCCUUCACUCUCCAUUCCUUGUAAACAAUUAACUACCGGAAUACUGAAAUUUGGGCACAUCAGAAGGUCUAGUCAUAGCCACAGCACUGCCUUACAUUCCAGCAGAAGAGAACCCUGCAACUGGAACAGCAAUGACAAUGGCUAUGGGGAAUUGCUUGUGGACGAAAGCAUGAUAGUGCUAAGGAAACGUAUACAUGAAAUGAAGAUGAUAGAGAGGAAUUAUGAGCCACCAGAAGAGUGGAUGGAUUGGGAGAAGCAAUGGUAUGCGAGUUAUGACCAGUUUAUAUGUAAGUUUGUUGGGUUGCUGCAAAUGCAUUUGAUGAGUACCAGGCCCAGUUUGGCUUUGGGUAUGAUUUUUCUUAUUACAAUGAGUCUCCCCAUUUCAGCAAUUAUGAUUGCCUUGCACUUGAUGGAGGCAGGUAAUGGAGUCAUCUCCACCCUCCAUUUUGGUUGAUCAGAAAAUAUCUUACUCCUCACCUCCUGUCACACAUGCAUUAAUUGACAGGAUUUUAGUAUCCAUAUAUGUUUAUCAAGAUUUGUACAUGCUGAAACUUUAGUCUUCUUUUUCUUUAUUUGUAAAUUUUGAGUUGAAGGACGGGCAGAAUUACUUGGUUUAGUUGUCUCUCAUUGACAUUUUUCCAAUCUGUUGAUUGUGAAAGAAGGUACAGGCUCCACUUUUUUUUUCCUGAGCCUGAAAAACCUCUUUUUUUUUUUUUCUUUUUGUUUUAUGAAUAUUUUCUGCUGGAUGUAUAUCUCUAGAUCAAUAAAUAGUAACACUUAUAACAUAAUUUAUUAUUUAA